AGUAAGUCAACAGCCGAAAUUCCGGUUUUCAUCAGAUUAGCUCUGCAACUCCGCCGGACUUCGAAGAUAGAUAAGACCUCUAAUUUUGCUUUCCGGUAGGUCGGAGUAGGGUUGGGAAUUUGACGGCGAGAACUCGACGAUGCCGCAGCGCCACUCGAAGAACAACAAUGAUCUCGCCUUCUUCACAUACGACGAGAAACGGAAACUAGGUUACGGAACGCAGAAGGAGCGAUUGGGGAAGGACUCCAUCAAGCCCUUCGACGCCUGCUGUCUCUGCCUGAAGCCCUUCAUCGACCCGCUAUGUUGCCACAAAGGCCACGUUUUCUGCAAAGAGUGCAUCCUCGAGUAUCUCCUUGCCCAAAAGAAAGACAUCAAGAGAAAACUAGCUGCCCAUGCUGCUCAGCAGAAGCAAGAAAAAGAUGAGGAAUUGGAAAGGUUGUCAUUACAGAAGGCUCGUGAAAUUGAUGCAUUUGAUCAGCAAAAUCAUGGAGCCGUUCCCCAAUACAAUGACAAGAGCCACUCCCAUGAUAAGAACUGCUUCCAUGGUGCCAACAGCGUGAAGGUAACAUCCUACGAAGAAGAAGCUCUUCGCACGAUGAAGGCCUUCUGGCUGCCUUCUGCAACUCCUGGAGCUCCGGUCAAAGUCGAUGCUCCAUCUGCUGACACAAUAUGCCCAGAGGGCAAAGAGAAACUCAAGUUGAAAACUCUUUUCUCCAUCUGCUUCACUGAAGACAAUAACAGUGAGAAUAAGAAGUCUAAGUCUGUGGAUAGCAGUUACAUCUGCCCCAGUUGCAAGGUUACACUUACAAAUGCACUCUCUCUUGUGGCUAUUAACACUUGUGGUCAUGUAUUCUGCAAGAAGUGUGCUGAUAGGUUCAUCUCCAAGAAUAAGUUUUGCCUUGUGUGCGACAAGGAAUACAGGGAGAAGAACUUGGUGUUGUUGGAGAAAGGUGGAACUGGUUUUUCAGCACAUGGGGAUCAUUUGGAGGCCACUGAUUUCAAGCAUUUGGGAAGUGGUUCAGGCUUGGGUCUUGUGAGACCGGCAAUGAAGACAUGAUCUCACUCUGGCUCCCUCCCUCAGGACACAAGGUUUCAGAGUUCUAUACCUACUCAGUUUUUGUUUUUGGUUGAUAUGUUGGAUGUUUUUUGAAUGUUCUCAACUUUAAAAUUAAACGACAACUUUUA